CGUUUUAGCCAUAGACUGUAUGGUUUUAGCCUGAAAAUGAGUUUGUUUUUGCCGAAAUUAAGCUGCAAAAAGGACAUUGAUGAGGUUAUCAAAGGGGUGGCAGAAAAGGUUCUUGUUCUGCGGUUUGGGAGGGAUGAAGACUCGGUUUGUUUGCAGCUGGAUGAGAUUUUAUCGAAAACUGCUCACGACUUGAGCAACAUGGCUUCCAUAUAUCUUGUUGAUGUUGACAAAGCGCCGAUAUACACAAGAUAUUUUGACAUUAGUUACAUCCCUUCCACUGUUUUCUUUUUCAAUGGACAACACAUGAAAGUUGACUAUGGCUCACCAGAUCACACCAAGUUUGUCGGCAGCUUUAAAACCAAGCAGGACUUUAUGGAUUUGAUUGAGGUGAUCUACAGAGGAGCCAUGCGAGGAAAAAUGAUUGUCCGUAGCCCUAUUGACCCUCGAAAUAUCCCAAAAUACGACCUCCUCUAUCAUGGGAUUUAGAGGCACAACUUUGUCAGACUAAGUAUUGUUGUAAAGCACUGUGAAUCACUGACUCCUGAAAACAAUAUGGAUUCAUAUAAACAACAAAUAUUUCAAAAACUGUAAAUUUGACAAAUUGUGUCAAUGUAAUGACAAUUUAUUUUUAAUUGUUUCCCGUGGAAACCACUUGGAGUUGCAUAGUGACUUACUUUGGCUUUGUUUACCCGUAUUUAUUAAAAUAUCAUGUUUAAAA